UAGCUAGAUCUACUGCUUUGAAGGUUGCUCUUCUUUAGUAGCGUUGGCCUGUUAUGCAGACCAGCGUCCUAAGGGCCUUUGCGUUUUGCAUUUUAUUACUAUACGCACAUGCGGAUUUCAAUGAAACGGCCUUACGGUUGAUGUAUGGGGCUGUGGAAGAUUGGGUACAUUUUAGCCCACGCCCAGACAUAAGCCUUGCUUGUCGGCUUGGGCAUCCCUUGCGCAUCGCCUACUUCACCCGUCACAGCGGGACGCUAUGGGACUGGAUUGCCGUGUCCACCCACUUGGGAGCUCCUUGGACACGAGUUAACCAAGGAUUGUACCAACCCGGCUAUGGUGUCAACACUACCAUGUCCAACAAGAUAUGGCAAGACAUGGGGCAUCUGCUGUGCCACGUUGCAGACAUUAUCGUGUUUAGCGACACAAUCCCGGACUCCCGUCCGCUGCUGCAAGGCGGCUGUACGACACCCCUCAUCUUGCAGGUGACGAACCGCUUCGACUACGGCAUAACCCCGUCCGACCAAGAUGCUUACAUGACCAUCAUGAAGGAUGCCGCCACCAGACCCAACAUCUGGUGGGUGGUCAACAACCCCUACGAGGAGCUAUAUAUCACCAAACGCGGCGUGAAGCUGCCCCAAGACCGGCUGCUCAUGCUGCGCCCCGUGGGCGUGUGUAUGCUGCCGCCCCCCUCCCUGGAGAACCUCGACCGCCCCCGCGUGGCGCUGGUGCAGCCCAGCGGCCCCACGCACCUGGAGAACACCUUCAUCGCGCCGUGGAUCCGCUCCAACAACCUGGACAACUACGUGCGGCUGUACAGGCAGCACUACGGCGGGCCAACCGUACUGGCACACCACCGCGGCGUCAUCACGGUGCCGUACCAGACCUCCGUCAUGAAAAUGUACGAGGGCCUCAACGCGGGCGCCGUGUUCAUCCUGCCCAGCCCCGCCUUCUUCAAGAACCUCACCAUGUCGCUGGACGAUAGCCGCAUGGUCUUCUGCUGCAGGGACCUGCUGCGGGAGUACCCGGACAGUUGGCAGCUCUACUUCGACUGGUACCACGCGGACUUCAUCGACUCGCAUAUCCUGUACGACAGCUGGGAGCAGCUGCGCAGCAUCAUUCAGGAGCGCGAGGCCACCGCCAAGAUGGUGGAGGCCAAGCGGCUGGUCGGAAUGGAGGCCAUGAAGCGCUCGCGGGAGCGCACCCUGAACGGCUACAGCAGCCUCUACCGCGCCGUCAGCCAGCAGGCCUGCGAGCUGAACAAGCAGGCGGACGUGCUGUCGCAGGGGUACCGACCCAUGGUUCCGUGAUGGCGGGCUGAUGCCCGCGCGGAUUAGCGUAUCGACCCGCAUGGCAGCCCAGGGGCCCAAAUGUGUUCACCAAAUGGAUUCAUGGCACGGUGUCCUGGGAGGCAUGUGGCGACGCGUGUUUCCCUGCCAGACAUGAUGUGAAUGGUGAACCAUGGCGCGUUUUAUUCAUUGUUUGGGGGAUCUUGCGGGGAGAAUGAUUAGGAAAGGGGCGACAUAGGCAACUCUAUAUGUCAUUAUAUGUCAUGGGACGGUUUUGCGGCUGGGGUUGAGCAUCGUGACACGCUUGCAUGGCCUGCUGGUGGCUUUGCUUCCACCCACGCACCUCAACCUCCUGUGGCAGUGAUACGGCUCAGUUCGUUGAACAGAGGUCCCCCUGUUAGCAACUCUGGUAGGACAAGUAGGGCGCAGACGGCGUUGAGGACACCCGGAGUGCGAUGGACAUGGAACACUUUCCUUGCAGCGAGGAACCGCUGUGACGUUGCACGAGUGAAUGUGAAGCCACGCAUGGUAUUGAUGCGGGUGACGUGGACCAAAGGAUACGGCCUUUUCGUGUUGCCUUCGAAGUUAAGGAAGAAGGCUCAUGCGGAGUCUUGUUUCAUGUGUGAUCGUGCGGCCCCAGCUUGGGAGGCGGGAACAAACGGGGAACCGCUACAUGUGCGUGUGGGGUGGGAGUGGGAGCUUGUACCUGGUGCAAUUGCCGCAAUGUCGCAAUGCCUGCAUUGACGGGGCGCGCAUGGCAAGACGGGGCACGCGCGCACGUUAGUACCGGUACUUUGGGUUACCUGUUUAGGCGCGCGUUAUCUUGCAUAGGAUCCUUUAGGGCGCCUCAGCCGGCACGCCUGUGACUUGGCUUCUUUAGACUUGAAACGUCCAUAAAAGGGAUAUUGGUUGGUGAGCUGUCGUAACUAUCUGCUUACGCGUCGUACGUCUCUCCUUACGCGUCAUUCUUACAUGACGUGAUAAUGAAAGCAGCCGCCCAAGUGGCGCUGCUUGGUUCAGCACCUGGGCACUGCAGUAGAGGCUGUGCUCGCCUGAUUACCAAAGGCGCCCUGCGACACGGGCCAUAUGGGCGGAGUGGUUCGUGAUGGAGCCGUGCGGCAAGCUGCAGCCUCGCCUUGAGAGAUUUAACGAACUGGCUUGCGGGGAUUGCUGGGUUUAUUUGGGAUCGUUUGCGGGGAUUGCGCCUGUGAUUUCGUGUGGUCUGGAUACUCGCGAGUUUUCGUCACUCGGGACGUUAGGAGAGCUUUGUUGUGGUGGUGGUGGUCUCCAGGGAGGUAAGGCCGCCUGGCGCCUAUGAAAGCGAGGCCUUUGCGGGCGCACGGCUUUGCACAGCGGCUUUGCAAAAGGCGCAAGGGUGUGUGUGCAGUCCGCGGCGCUGGGCGUGUGUUUGGUUGUAGGAGGGGUGCUAGGGUGACGGCGUGCGGAAAUGGUCGGGGCCUGGGAGCCUACUGGCUGGAGUGCA